AGCGGAGUUAGUUAUAGAGUAGAGAGGUGACGUCACGGACGCCUCCUUCUCUUCCCCUUAGCUGAGCCCCUGAAAGUAACUCUGGACCUGGGAAUGGUAGGAGCCGCUGCGGUUGUUGAGCAUGGGGAGCCGUAACCACGGAGCUGCGCGUAUACUACGGACCCUAAUGUAAUUCUUUACACUCUUGGCAAGUGACCCUAAACUGUGCAGCGGACCUGGGAGAUUUGGUUUUCCGUCUAUUUCCAUUUGUGAAACUACUACAAACUUACACCCUGGAAACUCGCGAUGGAUUUUGUGCUCUUUUCCCUGUUGCUGCUGCUGCUCCGUCUCGCUGGAUCGGCCAUGCCUCACUUUUCUGCAGGAGGAUGUACCUUUGAUGACGGCCCCGGACCCUGUGAUUAUCAUCAAGACCUGUAUGAUGACUUUGAUUGGGUGCAUGUCAGUGCUCAAGAGCCCCAUUACUUGCCUCUGGAAAUGCCACAAGGGUCUUAUAUGGUGGUUGAAUCCUCAAAACAUGAUCCUGGAGAAAAGGCUCGUCUACAGCUUCCUACAAUGAAGGAAAAUGAUACACAUUGCAUUGAUUUCAGCUAUCUGCUGUACAGUGCGAAGCGGGAUAGUCCAGGGACCCUGAAUAUUUUUGUACGAGUAAACAAAGGACCUCUUGCCAAUCCCAUCUGGAAUGUUACUGUGUCUACGGGCAAAGACUGGCUGAGGGCAGAGCUAGCCGUUAGCACAUUUUGGCCAAAUGAAUAUCAGGUAAUCUUUGAAGCAGAAACCUCAGGUGCGCGGGGAGGGUACAUUGCAAUUGAUGACGUUCAAGUUUUGAGCUACCCUUGUGAUAAAUCUCCUCAUUUCUUGAGGUUGGGCGAUGUUGAAGUCAAUGCUGGCCAGAAUGCUACAUUUCAGUGCAUUGCUACUGGGAGAGAUGCCGUGAACAACAAGCUGUGGCUUCAAAGGCGGAAUGGAGAAGACAUCCCCGUGGCGCAAACCAAAAACAUCAAUCACAGGAGGUUUGCAGCCACCUUCAAGAUGCGUGAGGUGACAAAGGCAGAUGAAGACUUAUAUAGAUGCGUGACACAAUCGGAGAGAGGGUCGGGAGUCUCAAAUUUUGCUCAACUCAUUGUUCGAGAGCCUCCUCGACCCAUUGCCCCACCUCAGCUACUUGGUGUUGGUCCAACAUACUUGCUUAUCCAGCUGAAUGCCAAUUCUAUCAUUGGUGAUGGACCAAUCAUUCUAAAAGAAGUUGAGUACCGCAUGACCUCUGGAACCUGGACUGAAACCCAUGCUGUGAAUGCACCAACUUACAAGCUUUGGCACUUGGAUCCAGACACAGAGUACGAAAUACGGGUUCUUCUCACUAGGCCAGGAGAAGGUGGCACAGGUCAGCCAGGCCCUCCACUUAUUACAAGUACCAAGUGUGCCGAACCAAUGAGGACACCCAAAACCUUGAAGAUUGCAGAAAUUCAGUCAAGGCGCAUUGCUGUUGACUGGGAGUCUCUUGGCUACAAUAUCACACGCUGCCACACCUUCAAUGUGACAAUUUGUUAUCACUACUAUAAAGGUCACAAUAUGAACAAGGCUGACUGUCUGGACAUGGAUCCAAAGGCUCCUCAGCAUGUUGUGGACAAACUGCCCCCUUACACAAAUGUUAGCCUCAAGAUGAUCCUAACAAACCCAGAGGGAAGGAAGGAAAGUGAAGAAACCAUAAUCCAGACAGACGAAGAUGUGCCAAGUCCUGUUCCCUCUAGUUCAUUGAAGGGCACACCUUUUGAAGACAAGAUAUUUCUGAACUGGAAGGAGCCCACUGAGCCAAAUGGUGUUAUCAUUCAAUAUGAGGUCAACUACAACAGUAUCAGAUCCUUUGACCCAGCAGUUCCUGUUGCUGGACCUCCCCAGACAGUUGUCAAACUGUGGAAUAGUACACAUCAUGUCUUCUCCCAGUUGCACCCAGGGACCACAUACCACUUCCUUAUAAGAGCUAGCACUGUUAAAGGCUUUGGCACUGCAACUGGAAUUAAUGUAACCACCAAUAUUUCAGCUCCCACGUUGCCCGAUUACGAAGGUGUUGAUGCAUCUCUCAAUGAAACUGCCACCACAAUCACAGUACUGCUGAGACCUGCCCAGGCCAAAGGGGCUCCUAUCAGUGCAUAUCAGAUUGUGGUAGAGGAAUUGCAUCCACAUCGGACAAAGAGAGAAACUGGAGGGAUUGAUUGUUACCAGGUGCCUGUGGCCUACAAUAGUGCAAGCAAUGGAGGCUCUCCUUACUACUUUGCUGCAGAGCUGCCCCCUUCUAACCUUCCUGAAGCAUUGCCGUUCACUGUGGGUGACAAUAGGACAUAUCAGGGAUUUUGGAACCCUCCUCUAGUGCCUCGCAAGGGUUAUAACAUCUAUUUCCAAGCAGUGAGCAGCGUUGAAAAGGAAACAAAAACUCAGUGUGUAAGAAUUGCUACUAAAGCGGCUGCAACAGAAGAACCGGAGGUGAUCCCAGAUCCAGCCAAGCAGACAGACCGCGUGGUGAAAAUAGCUGGCAUAAGUGCAGGAAUACUGGUAUUCAUCCUACUGCUACUUGUUGUCGUUUUAAUUGUCAAAAAAAGGAGGAGCUACUAUUCUUACUCCUACUAUCUUAAACUGGCAAAGAAACGCAAGGAUGCCAUGGGAAACACACGUCAAGAGAUGACCCACAUGGUGAAUGCUAUGGAUAGAAGUUAUGCUGAUCAGAGCACUCUUCAUGCUGAAGAUCCCCUAUCUAUCACUUACAUGGACUCACACAACUUCAGCCCGAGAUAUGAAAACCACACAGCAGCGGCUGCAGCAGCUGCAGCUGAGUCCAGUCGUCUCCUGGAUGUCCCGCGUUACCUAUGUGAGGGAACUGAAUCACCGUACCAGACAGGGCAGCUGCACCCCGCCAUCAGGGUAGCGGACUUAUUACAGCAUAUUAAUCUUAUGAAGACAUCAGAUAGCUAUGGAUUUAAGGAGGAAUAUGAGAGUUUUUUUGAGGGGCAGUCUGCUUCAUGGGAUGUUGCUAAAAAGGACCAGAACAGAACGAAGAAUAGAUAUGGGAACAUAAUUGCCUAUGACCACUCCAGAGUGAUCUUGCAACCUGUGGAAGAUGAUCCCUCAUCCGAUUACAUAAAUGCAAAUUACAUUGAUGGAUACCAGAGACCAAGUCACUACAUUGCCACUCAAGGCCCUGUUCAUGAAACAGUCUACGAUUUCUGGCGAAUGAUUUGGCAGGAACAGUCUGCUUGUAUUGUUAUGGUUACAAACCUUGUUGAAGUUGGCAGGGUAAAAUGCUACAAAUACUGGCCUGAUGAUACGGAAGUUUAUGGUGACUUCAAAGUUACUUGUGUUGAAAUGGAACCCCUGGCAGAGUAUGUGAUUAGGACAUUCACACUGGAAAGGAGAGGAUACAAUGAGAUCCGUGAAGUCAAACAGUUUCAUUUUACUGGCUGGCCAGAUCAUGGCGUACCAUAUCAUGCCACUGGCCUCCUCUCCUUCAUUCGAAGGGUGAAGAUUUCCAAUCCUCCAAGUGCAGGCCCUAUAGUGGUACACUGCAGUGCUGGCGCUGGUCGUACCGGUUGUUACAUUGUUAUUGACAUUAUGCUUGAUAUGGCAGAGAGGGAAGGUGUUGUAGACAUAUAUAACUGUGUCAAAGCAUUGCGUUCCCGUCGCAUCAACAUGGUCCAGACAGAGGAGCAGUAUAUUUUUAUUCAUGAUGCAAUCUUAGAAGCAUGCUUGUGUGGAGAGACUGCCAUCCCUGUCUGUGAAUAUAAAGCUGCAUAUUUUGACAUGAUUAGGAUAGACUCUCAGACCAACUCGUCACAUCUUAAAGAUGAAUUCCAGGUAUUAGCAACCCUAAAUUCUGUGACACCUCGACUACAAGCUGAAGACUGCAGUAUAGCCUGCCUGCCAAGAAACCAUGAGAAGAACCGUUUCAUGGACAUGCUGCCACCGGACAGAUGCCUUCCCUUCUUAAUUACCAUAGACGGGGAGAGCAGCAAUUACGUCAAUGCAGCACUUGUGGAUAGUUAUAGACAGCCAGCUGCCUUCAUUGUCACACAGCAUCCACUGCCAAACACUGUGAAAGAUUUUUGGAGACUGGUAUAUGAUUAUGGCUGUACAUCUUUAGUGAUGCUGAAUGAAGUCGACUUGACACAGGGAUGUCCGCAGUAUUGGCCUGAGGAAGGGAUGCUGAGGUACGGCCCCAUCCAAGUGGAAUGCAUGUCUUGUUCAAUGGAUUGUGAUGUCAUAAACAGAAUUUUUAGAAUAUGCAACCUGACCAGGCCACAAGAAGGAUACCUGAUGGUGCAACAGUUCCAGUACUUAGGAUGGGCGUCCCACAGAGAGGUGCCAAGCUCCAAAAGAUCUUUCUUGAAAUUGAUUCUCCAAGUGGAGAAAUGGCAAGAAGAAUGCGAUGAGGGGGAAGGCCGUACAAUUAUUCACUGCCUAAAUGGUGGCGGAAGGAGCGGAAUGUUCUGUGCCAUCAAUAUUGUGUGUGAAAUGAUCAAAAGGCAAAAUGUGGUGGAUGUUUUCCAUGCCGUGAAAACUCUUCGCAACAGUAAACCUAACAUGGUGGAAACCCCAGAACAAUAUCGCUUCUGCUACGAUGUCUCAUUGGAAUACCUGGAGUCGUCAUAGUUUUGCCAAACUUUAAUGCAUAUCAAGAUAUGUAUUAACUGCUCCAACAAUAAUCACUCCAGCCGAGGGAGAGGAGGAUUUUUACACAGGACCUUAUAUGUUUUACAAAACAGAAACAAAACAAACAUAUAAAAAAAAAAAUGGAAAUAAAAACUAAAACAAGUAUUUUUCUUAAGAAUUUCUGUAUCUUCAUACCAGGACUUGAGCUGUUUCUAUGACUGUACACAGUAUUGGUGGGUAGUGCCACAUGAUCAUGCAAUGGGAAGCAAGAAUUGGACUGUAUCUCUACGUGAUGAAGAUUUGUGUGAAUUGUAUAUGCAGCCGUCUUACAAGACAUAUUUUAGAGCCAAUCUGUUGCAUGGAUCUAUAUUUUGCAAUGUGGCAUUUAUCUCCUUUUUUUAAUAAAAUUUGUUUAAAUUGCUGAACAAAGCUGUGCAGAUUAAUAGUAAAUGAAUUUGGUUUACAUUUCAAAUGUCACAGAUCUUUAUCUGGCUUAUUAUGUUUUAAGUACAAUGAUUGCUGGAUUAUAUCAUUUAUAUUCUUUUCAAAGAAUCAAAAAAAAACAUAAGCCAAAGAGUUAAUUGUAGAUAUGUCAAUAUGGAGAAAGCACACUCUGUAUUUAUUGCUUAUUUACAUUCCUUCUUUUUAAUGGCUGAAGAAACAAUCAUUUUUCCUGAGGAAAGGUUUUGCUGAGAUUGACGGCGGUUUAUUUUUGUAUGUAUUCAAUGUAAGUACAAGAGAUUUGUUUUCUGCUUUGACUCAAGAACAUUGUUCUAAGGUGUUUUAUUGUGCUCAUACUUGUGAAUGAAAUCUAAGUGAAUUUGUAUGGUUCUGGACCAUCCAUAAAAAGAGGACCAAAAAGUUAUGUAUCGUUUUUCACAAGUUUAUUAGCUAAUCUUUGCUAAUUAUAAAGUAGACAUGGAACGUUGUCAGCGUUAUAGGAAAAUUGUUACAAAUGAUCCCUGAUAAUACUAAUCGGAAGCAUACAACACAUUAAUUCAGAUGAAGACGGUGGGUUAGCAUGAUUUAUCAAACUGUAUAUGUUGAUGUUUACAGACUUGUACGUUUUGGGCACAGAGUAAAGCAAAAUUAAAUAAAUGAAUACCAGAUUCUAGGUU